GCGCACAACCGCUAUUGCUCCCCCUUCGACCCAUUUUAACCCAUGAGCUAGACGUGCACACAUGCCGUACCAAGGCGAGGAACAUGCACAUCCCAGAAAGAUCAGCACAUUUCCGCGAGUGAAAUCGGAACGCGACAGUCAGUAGUGGCGCGCAGGUGGAGCCGGCCGGAGCUGAGCCCAGGCACGCGAUGGCAGGCGGCCACCCGAGGAGGAGCAGCCCUCGUUGAGACGCCCCGCCCCCGGCUCGCCCGUUAGCCCCACCCCCCGCCCCCCCCCCCCCCACUGUCCCGGCGCCAUGGCCAAUCACCUGGAGCUGCUGAAGGAGCUGCAGCAGCUGGAGAAGGCGCCCAGCCUGGAGAGGCUCCGGGCGGCCCAGCGGCGGCGCUCGCAGCAGCUCAAGCGCUGGGCGCUCUACGAGAAGGAGAUGCAGAGCAGGAAGCGCAAGGCCGACAAGCGCCGCGGAGGCUCCGCCCCCGCCGCGCCUGACGCCCGCCACCGCGUCUCCUUCUCCGCCAGCGUCGCCCUCCUCGAGGCCUCCGCCCGCAACGACUCCGAAGAAGUGCGAUACCUGCUGAAGAACAAUGUGAGCCCGGACCUGUGCAACGAGGACGGCCUGACCGCCAUGCACCAGUGCUGCAUUGAUAACUAUGAGGACAUGGUGAAGAUCCUUCUGAACCGCGGGGCGAGCGUGAACGCUCAGGACAACGAGCUGUGGACGCCGCUGCACGCUGCGGCCACCUGCGGCCACGCUGGUCUGGUCAAGAUCCUCAUCAGCCAUGGAGCUGACCUCUUGGCGGUUAAUUCCGACGGAAACAUGCCCUACGACCUGUGCGAAGACGACCCCACGCUGGACAUCAUAGAGACGGCCAUGGCUAACCGCGGUAUCACUCAGGAGAUGAUCAACGAGACGCGGGCCUCUGUGGAGCGGAGGAUGCUGGGAGAUAUACAGGCCCUGCUCCGGGACAAUGAAGACGUCAACCUGCAGGACUCACAAGGGGCUACGCUGCUGCACGUCGCUGCAGCGAAUGGGUAUGUCCAGGCAGCGGAGCUUCUGUUGGAAGGCGGAGCCAGGAUGGACCAGCGGGACUCAGACGGAUGGCAGCCCCUCCACGCUGCUGCCUGCUGGGGUCAGAUGCAGGUUGCAGAGCUGCUGGUCUCCCACGGUGCCAGUCUGAACUCCAAAACCUUCCUGGACGAAACGCCCAUUGACCUGUGUGAAGACGAGGAGUUCCGCGCCCUGCUGCUCGACCUGAAGCACAAGCAUGACAUCAUCAUGAAGUCACAGCUGAAGCACAAGACCUCCCUGUGCCGGCGCACCUCCAGCGCAGGCAGCCGAGGUAAGGUCGUGAGGAGGGCCAGCCUGUCGGACCGGAACAACCUGUGCAGGAAGGAGUACGAGACGGAGGCCAUCGUGUGGAGGGGCGGGAGGGAGGAGGAGUCCGACCAGGAGAACAGCCAAUCGGCAAAGCCACAGGAGAAGCCCUGGGCCCCACGGCCUCUGAAGGAGGGAGGGAAACAAAAUGGCUCCGUCUCCACGGGAACAGGCUCUCCCACACACCCCCCCUGCAAUGGGGAGCCCCCCAGUCCGGACCCGGAGCCUCGGGGGGACGCACCCUCACCCCCGUCCCUCCCCCAGACCCCCGAGGAGCCCAGGGAGCGCGCUCAGACCCUGUCCGAACUGAAGAAGCAGAGGGCAGCCGCCAAACUGCUCAGCUACCCCCUGCUCAACGGUCACCUGGGCAACGGCUCUCUGAAGCUCCCGGAGAAGGAGGCGGGGCCCGAGGACUCCGCCCGCAUGCCGCUGGUCUCGUCCAAUGGCAGCGCCGUCUACUACACCCCCGCCAGCGGGGACCCGCCCCUCCUCCGGCUCAAGCAGCCAAUCGAGGAGGAGGAGGAGGCCAAGGACCGCCACUGCUGCCAUGUCUCGUAGGGCGGUGCAAGGGCGGGGCCUCAGCGCUAUGGCAACAAGACCCAAGAUUCUGCCCCCUCCUGGAGAGUGCAAAUGUUCUUAUGGGGUACUGGGGGGAGGCAGUCUGACUGUGUGCGUAUGCGUGUGUGUGUGUGUGAGUAUAUGUGGGUGUGUGUGUGUGUGUGUGAGUGUAUGUGUGUGUGUGAGUAUAUGUGGGUGUGUGUGUGUGUGUGUGUGUGUGUAUGUGUAAGUAUAUGUGGGUGUGUGUGUGUGUGCAUGUGGAUGGUCUAUGCCUGGAUGUUGGUGCACUAGGUUCACAUAAAGGGCCCUCAGUUGAAAGAAAGUGUCAGAGUUUGGAAAUACUGAUCUGGCCGGAGAGGAGAUUCUGAGGAAGCUGUCACCUCCCUGUGAUGUCAGCUCUUCCUGUUAGCCUGAGGCGUUGGUGUGUUAGAUAUUAAAGGUCACUCUGUUCUCCAGCACUAUGACAUGCGGUGCUGUGUUCAGACUGUUUCCACAUGCACACAGCGACCGGAGGCUCGUGUGCACACCAGGCACGUUGCUAGGCAGUGCGGGAGCGCUGUUAGGAUUAGCCACGCUCUCAGACUGGCUUGGCUCGCCACCGUAGUUUCCGUGUUCAGGAUUUCAGUUAUUCCAGAGAGGUGAUUUAAGAAUGGUGGAAAAAGUAUAUAUAUUUUUUUUAAUGUGUACAGUCAAAAGUUGUUAUUUAUAUAUGAAAAGAUUUGUGUAUAGGGGCUACUGUUGAGUGUCGGUUCGGAGGCGUAUUUAAUGUGUGGAGUUGUGGGCGAGAGUGAAAAACCCUGUGUGUGAAUGAAGAAGUGUUUGAAUGAGCUGACCGUGAAUACGGUCCCCUUUAGUACCGGGAGAGGCGUGUUCGUACGGUCAAACUGCGCGUGCGCUUCAGACCGAUUUCAGAAAGAUGCGAUGUGCACGGGCUGGACUCCGCCGCGCUCUGGGCAUGUCCGCACGUCAGAGAGCUUCAGCAUCACGUGAAGGCGUGGGUCCCAAUGAAGGUUUAUGAUACUUGACUUGUGUAUCAAGUAGUCUUGUAAAUUCGGGGGGAAAUCCUGCAAAUCUUUGUCUGUAAUCUUUAAUAAUUUCCCCUGGGCAAAGUAAAGGUCUCUCCGAGACCUGUAUAAACGUGUUGCUCGAUGAUCCGCUGUGAGACUGGUUUGUUCCUCCUCUCCUCGUCCGGCUCUCUGGUGAGGUUCGUGCUCCGUUUGCUUUAUUUCUUCCUCAUCGCCGUUAUUCCUUUUUUAAUCCCCCCGGAGCUGCUUUGUGGGUGCGGGCUAUCUCCGCUGAGAAAGCGUUCUCGAAAGGCAACGUCUCCGCUCCACCCGUUACUUCCCUGAAUGUUGUCUGUUUGAAAACGCUGAAAUCAUCUGGCCGAAGAGUGCUUAUCAGGCUUCCAGGACCGAAUGGUCUGUGCAGAAAUGAGUAUGCGGGGAUUCUUUUGUUGUGCUACGUGUGUCGCGGCGGUUCCUUGUCGAUGUCGCGGUGUUCAGUGUUCCAGGAACGGAAGGAAGGCUCUCCUGAAAAAAAGAUACAGGGGGGAGAAAAUGAUGUGGUCGUCUCUGCGACAGGGCCGCCGGGGGCAAGCGUAACCGUCCAAAUUGCGUGUGAGCGUCCUCAGGUCUGUGUGGGAGGGGGGCGAGUGCACACCCCGGGCUCUCCGGAGGUCCGGUCGCGAAGACGUUGAAGGACGAGACCGGUCUUAGAACUGUUCCAGAAUGAAUUUGAUCUGGUGUGAGCUGCUGAGUUCUACUGCAGCCGCUGUAGGACCUUCAGGGUUCUACACUACAGAUUUGAGCCCAGAAUGAAGGAUGAGAAGGGGCACACUCAUCAGUUGUUGCCAUGGAAACAGUUUCUUAACCUCCAUUUUAUGUAGCUGUAACUUAGUAGCAUUCCAGGAAUUUUUUUUUUGUUUUUUUUUUGGGGGGGGGGGGUACUUUUUGAUGGGAACUGGGCUCACCAGCAUGGGUACCAUGCGAUUAUCUCCAGUGCCAAACUGUGGGGCUGGUCCAGGCUGUCUGUCUGCAGAAGGGUGGGGCUGUGUGCAAGGGGGCGGUUCUCUCUAAGCCCCGCCCUUUCCAGGCUCCACCAAUCCCGGGCUCACACCCCCUUCCCCCACAUCCAAUAAAGUGCCAUCUGCACUUCUACACCACCUAUUCUUUUUGUAUAGUGUCAAAGUUCUGUACAGUUGUCUAAAUAGGCUAUAGUUAUUGUUGUUGUUAUUGUGACAAUGACUUUUUUUUUUUUUUUUUUGAAAGUCAGAGGGUUAUUGGUACUCUGGCUAUGCACAACUUUCAAUAAGUAUGGAAAGUACAGUAUAAUAGCUAGUUUGUAAAUACAAAUGGCUUCAAGAAGCAUUCUGUCCUUGUCUAGGUUACUCCCGAGUUCCCACAAAGAGGUUUAUGUUCAAUGUGUAUAAAUAAUUACGGUAAGAACUGUCUAAAAUCUGAUUUUCAAUUAUGACAGAGCCGUCGAAUACAGUACGGUCAUGAGCCAUGAGCUUGUAUGCUUUACAGAUAUACUGUAGAAUACUUCACUGAAUUUAACUAUUGUUCCAGAGCAAAGUAAGGAAUUGGCUAAAGGUUACCUCCGCAAGUCAAGUCUGUAAAAAUGACAUUUCAGUGAAAUGAGAAAGUGGUGUUUCAGCUGUGCGUCUGGCUCUAAAGAGGCUUUUGCUCCUUCCAUUUUAACCCGCUGCGGUUUCAUUCGAGUGCUUCUGGGAACUGGGCGUCGGGGGUUCGUUCCCUGACAGCUGGAAAACCAAUCAGGUUCUCCGAUUGUGUAUUAGAUCUUAUAUUGUUAAGGAGCGGGGGGGAAAAAAACAUAAUUUAAAAACUACUGAUUUUGUAAUUACUGGAAAAUACUGAUGGUUGUAUUAACAUAUUUUGAAUAAAUUGUAUAUUUUGCUCA